UCAAACUUGAUCAGCUGUGCGUCACAAUCAAGUGUGCGAUGGAGCCGCAAGAUAUUUAUUACAACAAAGCUGAAUAUGUUGAAACGGCAUCAGGAAACAAAGUAAGCAGGCUGACUGUAUUGUGUGGCUCACAAAAUAUCGUAUUGCAUGGGAAAGUGAUAGUGCAGUCUGAUGCUAUCAUUAGAGGUGAUUUAGCUAAUGUUAGAACAGGUCGUUAUUGUAUUAUCAGCAAGAAUGCUGUAAUCCGACCACCUUUCAAGAAGUUUAGCAGAGGGAUAGCCUUUUUUCCUCUAACUAUGGGAAAUCAUGUAUUUGUGGGAGAGCGAGCAGUUGUAAAUGCAGCGCUGGUUGGUUCCCAUGUCUACAUAGGAAAAAAUGCCUUAAUUGGGAGACGAUCUGUCCUGAAGGAUUGCUGUUACAUCGAAGACGGCGCUGUUGUGCCACCGGAAACUAUCGUGCCGUCUUUCACUCGCUUUGCUGGCAGUCCGGCAACAUGUGUUGAGGAACUGCCAGAGUGUACAGUAGAUUUAAUGAUUGAUUUUACAAAAAAUUAUUACGAGCAUUUUUUACCAGCGCGCGUUUAAUGGUCUGUUAAGAAUUGAUUUUGACCGAUGAGUUCGAAAGCUUAUUUUGAUACUUGUGCAUUUGGUUUUAAAUUACGCCACUCAAAACUUAUUAUAUAAAAUUUAUUUAUUACAUUUUGUACAUACAUGUAUACGUUACAUAUUUCACAAAUAAUUCUACAAAAAUAAUAUGUGUAAAUCUUAGCUCUGAAGGUUUCAAUGAAGGUCUAAAUAAUAAUUUC